UAAAUGUACAAGUACAACUUCGAACAAAACUCUUAACAUCGAAUAGAAAUCUUGGAAUUGAGUGAUGAGAAGUGCAAAUUCAGUUUUGAAGGCGAUUUGUCCAUUGCAAAUGCCAUCCGAAGAGUUAUGAUUGCAGAAGUCCCUGUAAAUUUUUGGACUAAAAUAUUAGGUCAUGGCUAUUCAUUUUGUUGAUAUUAUUGAAAAUACUAGUCCACUAUCAGAUGAAUUCCUUGCCUAAAGACUUGGUUUGAUACCUCUAGUUUCAUAUGCUGCUGAUAGCAAAAUGUAUGAUUGGGAAGCCGAUGCAGAUUCCAUAGAUGAUCAAAAAACUAAAGUUGUCUUUACAUUGAGAUAAAAAAAUCUGAAUGAUGCUCCCUUAGAAAUCACUAGUCAGCAUCUUGAACCUGAAUUUGGAUAAGUGGGUGAAAUGGCUAUUAGACCUGUCAGAAUGUUUUCACCAAUCAAUGGAAAAGAAGUUGGCAUCCCCAUUACAAGAUUAGGAAAGAAUCAAUCUGUUCAUGUGCGCUGUCAUGCACUCAAAGGUUUUGGCAAAAUGCAUGCUAAAUGGACUCCUAUCAACAUUGCAACAUUCAGACAUGAAGCGGGUAUAUUUAAAAAUUAAAUACAUCUAGAACUCAACAUUGAUCAUGCCUAAGCAUAAUAAUUGUCACUAUUUGAAAAACAGUCAAUCAGAGAUUCUUGUCCCAUGAAUGUCUUUGCUAUGGAUGCUAAUGAAGACCUUAUUGUCAACGCCAUUGAAAAAUGUGUGUUCUGUGAAGAAUGUAUCCGUUGUGUAAUUACAUACAAUAAUUAAAUAGGCUGAAUCCAUGAAGAAACCCAGAUUGAUUAAAAUGCAACAUAAAAAAAAUAAAUAUAUUUUCACUGUUGAGAGUGCUGGCUAAUUGAAAGCUGCUGAUAUCGUUUAAAAAGUAAAUAUCUAAUCAUUAUGUAGGCAUUGAUUGUUUUGAGGAAGAAGGUUGAUGAAAUAUCUUAAGAUCUGAGUUUUGCCUAAUAAUAAUAACAGAUUUGAAAAUUAAUUUUAUUAUUGUC